GGUCGGAAAGCAUGAAUGCAUUUUUCGACGGGUAUGUCCAUUCCGGUACCACGUUGAAGGAAUUUAUCGACCAAUUUGAUAAUGCUCUUAGAAAGAAGGUGGAGUUAGAGACAAUGGCUGAUUUCAAUUCUAACAACCAAACUAUUCCCUGCGUGUCCCAUUUUAAUAUUGAGAAGCAGUUUCAAAGGUUAUAUACAAAUGCAAAGUUCAAAGAGGUACAAAGAGAGUUGCUGGGCCUAAUGUGUUGUAAUUGUUCGUUGGUAAGCACAGAAGGGUGCAUUUUAAAAUACCAAGUGAGUGAUGAAAUAUCUACUGAUGACCACAUCAAAACACUCCAUUUCUGUGUUUACUAUAACGAAGAGGAGGUGGAGGUCAAAUGCACGUGUGCAUUGUUUCAGAUGAGGGGGAUUCUAUGUAGGCAUGCACUUAGAGUUUGCCAGUUCAAAAAGAUUAAUGUGCUGCCAGAUGUAUAUGUGUUGGAUCGUUGGAGAAAGGACUUAAAGAGGACAUACACAUUAGUCAGAAGUAGUUACGAUGACCAGCGGGACAGAGCAGACGCACGGAAUUAUGAGCGGGUGCUUAAAAGAUGUUCGAAAUUAGCGACCAAAAUAUCCUCUGAUAAUGAAAAAAUCAGUGCUUUCUUGCGUGUUGUUGAUGAGUUUGAGACAAAAUGUGAAGGUUCAACACUAGAGUCAGCAUAUGAACAAACGAAGGCCAAAGCAAAUCUCGUCUUGGAUAAGGGUAAGAAGAUACUAAGCCCCAACGUGGUUCGAGGGAAAGGGAGACCCCCAAGUAAGAGGAAGGUUCCACCAGUUGAAAAGUUGGCAACAAAGAGAAAGAAACCGACUUCCAGGAAAAUCUUGGUAGAUGAAACACAAUUGGGUGAGACACCGGGAUCUGAACAACACCAAUUUGAUGAUGGGGUUGAUGUUGAAACACAAAACAACAUUCUUACACAAUCAACUCCAGAGAUGUGUCACCAUCUCGAUGCACACUUGUAAUCCCAUGGUGAUGAGAAGCCACAUUUUUUGAAGCUCUUGGAGAGGGAGAAGCUGGAAGUUGGGAGUUCGGGGAGUAACUUGACUCUGGGGGCCGUAGCUCAUUCUAAUUAUCUCGCAUUUUUUUCCCCGUUUAGUAUUAUUUUGCAUGAUUGGCUCUGUUGAUUUUUCUCUAAAGUCUUCUUUUUAGAUACUUGUAUUUCUCAUUGAUUUGGCUUUAUAUCCUCUAACAUUGUAUGCCAAUUGUAUUUCUCAGAUCUGCCACCGUAAUUGAGUUGCUGUUUUUGUGUCUUUUAGAGGGUUGGGUGGUAGUUUGUGUAUAUGAAAGUGUGUCUUUUUUGUUCCAAAUAGAGAGGGUUGGGUGUAGUUUGUGUGGUUG